AUGAAUAAUGCAACAUGUGCGAUCCUUCUUGAUCCAUGGGUAAUGAUGGGUUCUCUUGCAUAUGGUGGGAUGACCAUCGGUAUCAAGGAGGAACUGAGGGUGGACAUGGUUCUGUGCCAUCAAGGAGUAGCCUAUUAUAUCAUAGGUUUGAAGGAUAAGGAAAGGGUAGGAGCUGGGGUAAAGGAGCUUCAACAUAUGAACGAUGUAGCAUUGAGAAUGAUCGGCGGUUGUCUCAAGCCAAAGAUCUUCAAGGAGAAUGAGAUGGUGAUAGAAGCGGGACAGCCACUUAACGUGAUGCUCAUUAUUAUAGCAGGCUCUAUGCUGGCAUACAAGCCAAUUAGGGUUACUACAGAGGGAAAACCAAAACUUUCGAUGACCAACCUGUUUCUUUCAAAACUAUCCGAUGCUCCAAUAGAAGCCUUUGCUCUCACAGUUGAUGACUUGAAAACUUUAGUGCUCUCCGGACACAUCUUCCCGAUGAAGUCAAAAGUUGGCAUUUUCAAAAUUGCUGCUGACCGGAAGAUACGUGAGAAACUAGAGGCGAUAUUUCGGUGGAUGGCAAUAAAUGGCAUUUCUGAUGAUGUGGCGAUAGAUAUUAUGCAUGGUUUUAGUCAAGGUAAAUUGAAAGAAAACAUUCAUGCUGAAGUGGAUGUGAAUUAUAUGUUCUCUGUUCUUGAAGAAUAUGGGAAAAGCAUUAUGCGGCGCCAUGUCUGCAUGGAGACCCUGAAAAAAUUUCCAGCCACACUUGUUGUCUUGUAUCCUUUUCCCUUUUAUAGACAAGCCCUUGGACCUAGGAGGAAGCUUCUUCUUGCUCACAUUCACCCUUUAGCCACCCUACGUAGACGUAGAGUAAAGGAGCUUCAACAUAUGAACGAUCGUGAAUUGGGAAGGAUCUGCGACUCUCUCAAGCCAAAGGUGUUCGAGGAUAAUGCCAAAGUUGUUGAAGUGGGAAAGCCACUUAACGCGAUGCUCUAUAUUAUAGCAGGCUCUAUGCAAGCGCCAAUUAUGGAUGCUGGAGAAGCAGCUCCAUCAACCUCAUUCCAUACUCUUAAGAAAGGUAUGUUUGUUGGAGAACAACUUCUGUAUUGGGCAAUGAAAACCAAAUCUUUUGAUGACCAACCUGCUUCGUUCAAAACCAUCCGAUGUACCACAAAAGUAGAAGCCUUUGCUCUCACAGUUGAUGACAUGAAAACUUUAGUGCUCUCUGGAGACAUCUUCCCAAUAAAGUCAAGAGUUGGCAUUCUCAAAAUUGCUGCUGACCCAAAGAUACGUGAGAAACUAGAGGCGAUAUUUUUGUGGAUGGCAAUAAAUGGCAUUUCUGAUGAUGUGGCGAUAGAUAUUAUGCAUGGUUUUAGUCAAAACAAAUUGAAAGAAAACAUAGAUGCUGAAGUGGAUGUGAAUUAUAUCUUCUCUGUUCUUGACGAAUGUGGGAGAAACAUUAUGCGGCACCAUUUCUGCAUGGAGACGCUGAAAAAAGAUAGGUUGUGUGUGGCUUGUGGAGUGUGCGAAGAAUUUGAUUUAAAUGAAAAGAUGAGUGAUAAGUGUACAGUGUUGGCAACAUUAACUUUGUUAGAUCCAGUGUAUUCAGGAUGCAGGGAAAAUUUGCGCAAGCCAUUUAGGGCCAAGUGGGAGCUGAGGGGAGGGGGUGAAGAAGGGACGGUUGGGAGAAAAGGGUUGUAG